UUUGCUAACUAGAAAAAAGUAAAAAGCAGACUUCUUUUCUAAUUUUUGUGUUCUUGAAGUUAAAAGAGGUUACUUGACUUGGUUGUGAUUGUUUGUAUCGAAAUGAGUUUCUCAUUAUUAAGGAAUGCCGUUUUCAAAUCUAUACAAGGUUACGUCAGGACACCAUGUGUUCCUCAGGGCUCACAAUCUCUCAUUAUGCGACUGAAACAAACUGAAGCAGCUCCUAAACAAGAGACAAGACCAACUGUGCGCAAGUCAUCACUUGAUGAAGUAGCUCGUUCUCAGCUCACAGACUUUGGCAAGUAUGUGGCAGAGUGUAUGCCCAAAUACGUACAGAAAGUGCAGAUCACAGCCGGGGACGAGCUAGAGGUCCUUAUAGCCCCCGAGGGUGUCAUACCAGUCCUUCAAUUCCUAAAGGAUAACCACAAUGCACAGUUCACCAACAUCGUGGACAUUGCUGGCAUGGACGUUCCUUCCCGGGCAUAUAGGUUUGAGGUAAUCUACAAUCUUCUGUCAUUGCGUUACAACUCUCGUAUACGUGUGAAGACCUACACGGAUGAACUGACACCACUAGACUCUUCCUGUGAGGUGUUUAAGGGAUCCAACUGGUAUGAGCGAGAGAUCUGGGAUAUGUAUGGUGUCUUCUUCCAGAACCACCCUGACCUACGGCGGAUACUCACUGACUAUGGUUUUGAAGGUCACCCCUUCCGCAAGGACUUCCCCCUCUCUGGCUAUGUUGAGGUGAGGUAUGAUGAUGAAAAGAAGCGGGUCGUGGUGGAGCCCUUGGAAUUGGCCCAGGAGUUCCGCAAGUUUGAGCUAUCUAGUCCGUGGGAGCAGUUUCCCAACUUUCGGGAUGUCCCAUCUGUACAGGAUGUCCCACUCAAGGAGGCAGAGAAGAAGUAAAUGAUAUUUGUUGUCCAAUGUAAUAUUAUUGUAGUGUAAAUUAUUGUCACAAUAAAAUGUUAAAUUUAUUUGUUUUAAA